AGUGAUUAGACGGUGAGAGCAAGAGUUUUCUGGUGAGUUUUUUCGACGUCAAAUUGAUCUAAACAUAAAUUGAUACAAGUAUUUUCAUGUUGAUCAACACCUUACUAUCCUCUUUCAACCUCCAUUCUCUCACGGAUUUUUCUUUAAUUUUACUUUCAGAGCAAACGCAUCUUAGAUGACGAGUUUCUUACCCUCUCCCACUUGAGGGAGGCCCCUCCUCAAGGUCCAUCCUACCCUUUGUUCAAUCCGGUACCUACUCAACUGGUCUGGUGUAUUGCAACAUCUGAAGACGCGACUAGUUCUGGUUUUUGGAGGGCGGUCUGCGGUGCUGAGCUAAGUCCUGGCUUACCGUCGAGUUGUUUGCGAAAGCGUGUUGAACAGAAGCGGGUCGUGGCUCACAACAAAUCGACAGUAGUCGACUUCCUAAACUUGAAAAGUCGUCGAAAAGUGAAGGCCGUCGUUGGGCGCGAUUCAACGACGUGCAGCCUCUGCGAUUACCCGGACGAAUAGAUGCGCUAACGCGUCGAACGGCAGUAACUCGCAUUUCCACUUCGUGCGUUUUUAGCGAAUAGCUUGUGACACAGCCUUGUGGGGGCGGGUGUAGGCAUACUACUGAAAGCAGCGACGUUCGAACCGAAAAAUCAGCGAGCUCCGGGGACGAAGUACGAGAAGAACAAGCUAGAAGACGAGCACCUUCAACUACAACGACUCCCGGGGGAAAAAAUAGACUUGUAUAACAGCGACUGAGGAAAGGGAAAGCGAGAUAACAUCGAUACUCCAAACAAGAUCCCUUGUGCGCGUUGCAGAGAUCAUCAUCCACAGCUACAAAGAGUACGUGAGGGUGAGCAGCACGGGCCGAAUCUGGUGUGUCUCCUGUCCUCUUCUUUUGAACAAGCAAAAGCGGGGAAGACUCCACCACGAAAAUGGAUCUCGCGCCACCACCUCCGGGAGCUGACGAUGUCGGGCUGCAGCGUAUGCACCAACGCAUAUCCCAAGAAAGUACCGAGAAGGAAGCAUACAAGAUGGACGCCGCUCAGCUGAGAAGAAUAGUCGAGUUACACAUAAGGCAGCUCGGUACUUUAUCUUAGUGAUAAAUACAGCUCCUUGUGUUGUUUCUGUUACCUUCAAUCUUCGAUAACUACAAAGAAUGAGAAUCAACGAUAAUCGAAUUUUUUGUUCCUUACAUAUUGUUCCUUAUGCUUUCCCUUACUUGUAAGUACUCCUGCUCAACUACAGGCGCCUUGGUCCAGACCCCGUGGACCGCCGACAGCUAUCAUCGACUAAAGAACAGCGUUAAGACAUUUGAUCAGGAGAUCAAGCAGAGGUGUGCGCUGACAGAAGCUGAGUUGCGGUCGGUGAAGAAUGGCGAUGUCGGCAAAGAGGCGCACCAGCGCGGCUAUGAGGUGCUGAGACAAAGCCUCAUGGAGGCGCAAAAGAGAUGCCAGAGUUACAACGAAAAUAUGUUGCGAGUGGCGCACGCAAAUGACGAACUUGCAGGGACACUGAAUACGGUACCCUGAUGAAACUCCCUAGGUAAUGAUCACAAUCUAGUAUUGGUGACUGCUCCUCUGAGUCUGAUGUGAGUAGAAAUACCAAUAAGAAUGCAUCACCAGCAUCGUGCUAUUGUUUUCUAGUACUAAUUCUGAUUCAUCGAUCGUCAUCGUCUAGCUUCUAGGAUAUCAUGUCUUUCCGUCAUCAUCAUGAUUUAUUUCAGGUGAAAAACACCAACAAGCGGUUAGUGGACCAGCUUCAGUACCAACAGGACGAGGUGUCACAGCUGGUAAAUCAAAGGCUUCUCGAUGAGGAAAAAUUAGAGCAGAUGAAAAAUCAAUUCGAGAAGGAGCAAGAGUCGUGGAGGACCGAAAUCGGGACGAAGCUAGACGACCUGUCUCGGUUGCAGGAGGAAAAGUUUUCGCACAUGAAGCAGCAACUCACGAGCCAGCUGGGAUACUGCGUUAACAGGUAAUAAUACCUUGUGGACGCUUUUGAUUUCACGACCAGGUUUAUCUACUUAGAUCCUCUAGCGUCCCUUUCGUACCUGCGUCACGAAUUUAGAUGUGCUCCUGAAUAAAAAUCAACACCAAGAAAGGUUGAAGCAGCACAGUGCUGAUGCAGUUGGUCUCAAAGGAGUGCAAGAGGAGGUGAAAGAAGACAUGAAAACGAUGAGCGAUCAUGUAAGUCAGGAUCUGCGGAAGGCAAUGCGUGUAUUCGCGGAUCAACUGCACAACCUUGCGACUCGGCGGACAGAAGAAAUCACUAAACUCAACGAUAUGUUGCACAAAGUGACGAUUGAGUUGCAGGCGAAGAAGGAGCUCCGAGAAAAAGACGCAGAUCACUGGAGCCAGAAAUAUAACCUUCUUGUUAGGGAGAAGGACGACCUAACGAAGCGAAUGGACGACGACAUCAUGCGCGUACAAGUCGAGAUUUCCGAACUAGACAAGCAGCGAGGGGUGAACCGAGAAGACUUCGAGGAGCAACGGAGGGUAAUGCAUGCAGAAGCCGAGGAACUAGAGCGAAAGAAAGCUUCGCUGACGGGGAUGAUCGAGACUGCUCGUAGGCAUUGCGUCCAACUGGACGCGGCAAACGCGAGACUUGAGGAAGACAGGCAAUCUCUCCUCGAAAACGAGAAGCAGCUCCGUAACGACAUACGGGAAUCUGACCAAGCACUAGCAGACGCGGUGGCCGGAAACGAACGGUAUUAUUAUGAACCUCGUUUAUCUUUAGAUCCGUUUUUGAAUUUUCUUUCUCAUUUCGUGGAUCCUAUGUUCGUUUUCGCUGUUCUUCUAUUCUGGCAUCAUACGGAGAAUAAAAAUAUUAUUCGUGACUGCGUUCAUCAAGAACAACAAGACAGACUUCGGGAGCAGAUGGAGGAUACGCGAGUCCAGGCGCAACAGCAAAACGAAAAAGAUCAGCAGUCUAUGAAAGACUCCUUCGAGCAGAAGAUUCGAGACCAAAAGCAGCUUCACGAGCAAAAUGUUGCCUACAUGGAGCAGCAGGUAACGUUAGCUGUUAAGGUGGACAAUUAUCCUGCAAUCUAUCCAGUAGAUUAUGGUGUUGCGUUAUCUUUAUAACUUUAUCAGAAACAGAGUCAGAAAGGACGAGGCACUACAUGUAGUUGACUAAAAAGGCACAUCAUGGGGAGCAUCCCAUCACGAAUGAAAAUUUUGUCGAAAAUUCAGGUGCGCAAUCUCGAAAGCAAUGUUGCUGUGCGGUAUGGAGAUGUCGACGAGGCAAGACACGCAUGCGACAAACUUCAGGUUGAGAGCACAAAUAUGCAACGCGACCUUGCAUAUUGGCAAUCGCAGCACGAGUUGGCUUCGACCGACCUUAAGACGCUUGAAGGUACUUGAACUUGUUGAGUUGUACUUGUUAAUGUUAUUGACGAGGAUUAUUAAGAAAGACUUAACAGAUCGGACUGCAAGAGACGAUGCUUCGUGAAGGGACUGGCUGCAAGUGCUCGUGGCUCUCCCUACGAUUGUUUUACUAGAAACAAGUAGAUGUUGUUUACAGCUAGUAGCACGUCGAACAUCACGUUUUACUAGUAUCUCUUCAUCUACUACUCGCAGAGCCUCGUCCAUCUUUUCACUUCAUAACUCUUUAGGCGAGUGCAAGGAGGCGAAGAGCUUGUGGGAGAAAGAGAAGCUGGCAGCUGAGGAGCACAUGAACGACCUGAUACAAAAGAGGCAGAACUUGGAGAUCGCUAUGAAAAGACAGCAAGAGAGCUACGAUGAAUUUCUGGCAUCCUCGAAGGGGAAUCUUAGGGAACGAAAGAAAUACAUGGACGAGCUCGGACAGAAAACGCGAGACGCCGAAAAUGACUUUCUCAAAACGAAAGAGGAUCUCAAGUACAGGAUCUUGAAAUUGAGGAUUUAGACAAAGUGAGAGACAAAUUGAAGAGUAGCACUUACUUCCAUCGUAGCACAAUAUGACCUUAACCAUAAGACGACGAUUAACCGUGGGACAACAAGCACUUAAUAACUACAUCGAUGUACGUGUACAGCCUGCUCCUUUUUUUUUUUGAGCCAAAGUAAAAGUUAAAAAGUAAAAAUAAUUAACAAUCAAAACAACUCAGGACUGGCACCAACGAUUUGGCACGAAUUAAGAGAGAAGAGGCGAACCUCAUUGCAAGGCAACUGGAGACGCAGCACGAACUGGAGAAAGCCUAUCAGAAUACUGUGCGAUUAGCCGAGGACGAGCGUGCGAGUUACGAGAAUACCCUUCUGCAAGAAAGAAGGGAUGCCCAACAACUCUACGAGAACUUUCAGAGGGUAUUAUUACUUGCGCUGUUUUCCUACUAAAUCAUUCGUUUGGUAGAUGGAAAUACAGAUCAUGUUACUUUUUUCCGCUUGCUCCUUACUUUGUGGGCAUCGGCAUUCAACAGUGGCUGAAGAUUAAUUGAGAGGUAGAGCCAAUGCUUAUUCUCAUGCGUCCAACAGGUUCGAGAGGAGCAAGCUCUUACAUUCCAAAAGUGGGCUGAGGCGCCGAAUCAAAAAAUAUCCACGCUCGAACGCGAAAUCCUUGAGCUACAGGACAGGGCGAAGAUCGAAAUUAGCACACUGCAGGCAAGCGUGAAGAGCUCAGCGAAGCAGGUAACUAAAAAUUAAUAGGAGGACAAUUAGAAGGUUAAUAUGUCAAUUUUGUGCUCUUCAUCCACAUCCAGAAUGAAUCGGUCUGAUCGUAUCCGAAGAUCAUGUAGAUCAUGUUUUUUUUUCGGUGUUGGUUUAGUUGUAGGCAUAUACCCAUAUGAAGAAAACGACCGCACCAACGCGGACUCCUCAUCUGCGUCAAUGUCAAAGGUAGAGUCAUUCGAAGCAGAGGUUGCACGGCUUCAGGAGCUCCAGGCUGAAUCACAGCAAGCCUGUGAGAAGGAAAAGACAGCACUGAAGGAGAGAAAAGAAGCCCAUUUGGACGCAAGACAGCGCUUCGAAGAUGACAGGAAGAGUGCGAAGACCCUCAUUGCCGACGCAGAAGCGCAAUAUCAGCACGCUUUGAAGCAAUUGCAGGACAACAACAGGAAAUCCGAUGCAGAGAAGAAAAAACUGCAGAUGUUAAGAUGAAACUGAAGUAGUACUUACUAGAUGAGAAAACGAAGACGCUUCUAGCCAGCAUACAGGUAUGCACCAGUACUUGUAGAACUUCUAUUACGAGAGUAUGUCUCCUCCUGCUUGUUGUAGAAACUGGGGUUCCAUACGAUGCCAAACACGUGCUCCUCAUAAUCAUAGAAUGAAACAGGCCUGAUGAAUUUAAGCUUUAAGAAGUGAGAUGGAAGAUACGCGUACGAAUUUGGCCCGGAGACUAGGAGAAACUGAACGAAUUACGAAUCGCUUAAUGACGGAAUACGAAUCCCACUUGAGCGCUUUAGAUGUCAAGUUCAAAUGCGAGGCUGAACGCAGCAAGCAGAGGUAUUUUUUUCUGAUUUUUGCUGAACCAACUGGACGAAAACUUUUCCAGGGGUGGUUGUAGUAAAAACUGUGGACAAGAAUGAGUUCCCCUGUACGGUAUCUAUUGAUGUCUUCAACAGUACUUUCAUUCUGAACUUCAUGAAAUUAAAAUUAUGAGCAAUCUGUAUCUGCCAGGCUCGAUACAAUGGUACGGGAGAACGAGCACCUCCGACAUGUCGUCGGGGAGACACAGCGGUAUGGCUCGGCGCCGGGUCCAUCGGAUUCCGGAGGCGAUCUGGGUGCGCACUUGAAUCGCAUGCAAGCCCGCACGAACGAACUGCGCUCAGAACUCCGGCGCUACGGGAACUAG